CUUUGAAGCAGACUACUAAUCUGAUCUUGUGAGCCUCACGUGUAUUAUCAACAACGCAAUGUGCGCAGAGCUUUGAGAAUCACCAUGAGUCGAAUAAUUGUCAAAAACCUUCCACCUCAGAUAAAGGAGGAGAAGCUUCGAAACACAUUUGCAAGCAGAGGUGAUGUGACGGACAUACAGCUCAAGUUCACUAAAGGUGGUGUCUUCAGAAAGUUUGCUUUUAUUGGAUUCAAGACAGAAGUAGAAGCUCAGAAUGCGGUGGACUUCUUUAACAAAUCUUACGUUGAUUCAUCAAGAAUUCAGGUUGAACUUGCCAAAAACCUUGGUGAUGCGAACCUCGAUCGCCCCUGGAGCAAGUAUUCUGAGAAGAGCUCAGCUUUUCAAAAGAAACAGAAAGCUAAGGAGGAAAAGGAAAGCACAGAUGACAAGAAAACCACAGCUACACAGGACACAUUGACCAAGAAGAAGAAAAAGAAGAAAGGCUUAGAAGGUCUAGGGGAUUUGGAAGAUGAUCCCAAGUUCCAGGAGUUUCUAGAAGCUCACAAUGUAAAGACAGGAAAAGGAAUAUGGGAUAAUGAUGCAGGCAUAUCCAAGAAAGAUCAGAGCAAAGGUGACGGAGAUAGGAUGGAUCGGAUCCCAAUGAAGGCAAAGAAAUAUUCAGAUGGGAAGAACACUAUGGAUGAAGAGGAAAGUGAUGUUGAUGAGGAUGAUGACGAAGAGGAAGAAGAGAUGGAGGAGGAGGUCCAGGAAGAUCAGACGAAAAAAGAAGCAAACAAAAAAGAGCUUUCAGACAUGGAUUACUUGAAAUCCAAGAGAGUGAAAGUACAGACAGAGGAUGAAGGGAUUCAGGAUGGGAGCAGUGAAGAUGAAUCCUCUUCAUCUGAUGAGGAUAGUGAGGAGGAAGAAGAGGAGGAGGAAGAAGAGGGGGAGGAGAACAAGAAAGCUGUACAGACAGAGGUUAAGGAAGUUCCCAACGUUAAGGCAUCACCUACUACUGAAAGAGUCCGGAAAAAUAAGGUGAAAUUGAUGAGAAGUGUCAGAAAAGAUGAAAAAUACGAGAGAGGAGAUUUCACCAUUAAAAUGAGAGGGGUGCCUUUCAACGUCAAAGAGGAAGAUGUGGUGAAGUUCUUUGCUCCACUAAGUAUGAAAACCAUUAGAGCACCUCUGAAUGAGAAAGGGCAGAGAACAGGUGUCAUAUUUGUAGAGUUUGCCAGUGAGGAUGAUAUCACCAAAGCCAUGAAGAGAAACAGAGAAUACAUGGGAAGGAGAUAUGUAGAGUUAUUUCGAGAAGAAGCUUGGAAUAAGGAUGCAUACACUAAACAUCAGGAAGAGCCUCCAUGGGCUAAACAGGCUGCCGAACUGGAAAAUUCAGAAGACACUAUUGCUGAGACUGGACGGCUUUUUGUGAGGAAUCUUGCCUACAUCUGCAAGGAGGAGGACCUAGAAUUCCUGUUUAGUAAAUACGGUCCUCUUACAGAAGUGAAUCUUCCCAUAGACACCUUCACAAAGAAGAUAAAAGGUUUUGCUUUCGUCACUUUCAUGAUGCCUGAGCAUGCUGUCAGAGCUUACACAGAACUAGAUGGGACCAGCUUUCAGGGUCGGAUGCUUCACAUCCUACCAGGCAAGGAGAAGAAGGUGGAAGAAGAGACACACAAGGAGGGCUCUUCUUUCAAGAACAAGAAGGCAGCAAAGACCAAAGCUCAGAGUGGAAGUUCACACAACUGGAACACUUUGUUCAUCUCAGCGAAUGCAGUAGCAGAUGUCAUGGCAGCCAAAUAUCAGACUUCAAAGAGUGACAUCUUAGAUCCUGAAUCGAGUAGAAGUCUUGGAGUUCGGAUGGCUCUAGGAGAGACACAGAUUGUUGCUGAAACAAGGCAGUUCCUCUUGGACAAUGGGGUGUUACUAGACUCAUUCAGUCAGGCUGCUGCAGCGAGAAGUAAAUCAGUGUUCCUGGUGAAGAACCUCCCAGCAAGUACUACACCGGAGGAGCUGAGAGAGGUGUUCAGUCAGCACGGCAUGCUGGGAAGGGUUCUCAUGCCCCCCGCAGGAGUGACAUCAAUUGUAGAGUUCUUAGAACCAACAGAAGCAAGAGCUGCCUUCUACCAACUAGCUUACACUAAGUUCAAGCAUGUUCCGCUGUACUUGGAAUGGGCCCCCAUGGAUGUGUUUGGAACAUCUAUAAAGAGCUUAGAGAAGACACCUGCUGUGGAAGAAACUAAAGAAGAGAAGAAAGAAGAAUUGGAAGAAGUCAAGAAAGAGGAACCUCAAGAAGAAUCAGAAUCUGAUGAUGAGCACCAAGUACAAGAAGGCAGUGUUCUCUUUGUCAAGAAUCUUAAUUUCAGUACGGAUGAAAGUAUUCUCAAGAAGGCAUUCAAGAAGUGCGGCUCUAUUAGGAACGUGACAAUUGCUCGGAAGAAGGAUACAAAGAACCAAGGUGAGCUAUUAUCCAUGGGUUAUGGCUUCAUUGAGUUUGAGAAACCAGAAUGGGCUCAGAAAGCACUGAAAGAAUAUCAACAUGUCGAGGUCGAAGGUCACAACGUUGAGCUGAAGAUUUCCAAUAGAUCUACUGUUCAAACUCAACAGUCUUCAUCCAGGAAGAAACAGAAAGCCAAGAAGCAGAUGUCGACAAAGAUCCUUGUCCGUAAUAUUCCAUUUGAAGCCUCAUCGAGAGAGAUCAGAGAACUCUUCAUAACGUUUGGUGAGGUGAAGACGGUUCGUCUCCCUAAGAAGAUGAGUGGUACUGGAUCUCAUAGAGGCUUUGGCUUUGUGGAUUUCCUCUCCAAGCAAGAUGCAAAGAGGGCCUUUGACUCGCUAUGUCAUAGCAGUCAUUUGUACGGGCGACGCCUUGUCUUAGAAUGGGCAGAGAGCGAGCAGUCUGUGGAACAGCUCAGGAAGAAAACUGCUGAUCACUUCUCUGAUGGUUCCAACAAUAAGAAGCUCAAGAAAUCCGACCUCACGGAUCACCUCACGUUAUCAUCGGUCACCGAGUAGCAAUCCCACAAUUCCCUUCCCUUCUUGUAUGUAGAUUAGGGAUAAGGUUCAACCUCAAUGUGGACGCAUGCUAGAGUUUAGAAUGGAAUUAACCCCCCCCCCCCCCCUGAUAAUAAGGAUAUCUGGUUUCAGUACUCUGUAAUGACUAUUUUUGACUAGGAGGCAGGCCACUUUGGUCUGAUAGAGGCCUAAACAGAUGAGUUAACAUGAAGAGGGCACGGCUGUUAAGUUGAUUAUUACUGUAGGGCAAGUUUAAGCUAUUUUACCCCAUAUUUUACUGACCACAUAUAAAAGCUGAUAUUCCUUUGAGAGCUUGAACCAGACAAAAGUCACAAAACAUCAAUAAAAUCACAUUUUUUUGGUCACUUUAUGUUCACAAUUCUAUACUACAAUUCAUUAUUACUUGGUAAGAUAUAGGAUAUACCUUAUACUUGCACAGUAACGUCCUGACAAACCAAUUUGUGAUAAUAUACUUCCCGCCCCUUUCCCGUGGCUAUAUCAUUUAAAGACGUCAUACAUGUCCUACUUAUUUCAUCAGUGGAGUAUUGUUAUUUCAUUUAUUUUUUUCAUUGUGCCUCUGCCAUUAACAAGUUGAGAUAGGCAUUUUAAUUGUGAUAUCUAGCUGACUUCAAUCUAGUCUCUAAAAGUCUCUCUUAGCAAUCACCUUAAAUCAUCUCAUCACAACUAACAUGGCAAUAUCGCCCCCUUGUGACCAAAUACUGUCAUCUAUUUUAGAGGUGGUUGGGGGAGGAUCCUAAGCUUAUUUGGUGUAAAUUCUUUCUUUGCUUAUUUUAUAUUUAAACUGUCUUUUAUCUUUGUUUAGACCUUUUUGUAGAUAGUUGUUAGCUCUCAAGUUGGAUUUUUUAAAUAAAUGUAUUUGAUAGGAAAUAGUACAAGAGGAGGAACUGCGACAAAGAUGAUGUUAUUUAUGACAUUGAUAUGAUAUCCAUGUGUUAAGAUAUGCAAGCAAGAAAUCCUUUCAGUUUCUUGUAAGCCUCAUGAUUUUUGGUGGAAUGCUGCCCUCUGUUAUCUAAAAAUGGGAAGUCACAACUCAGUGCUUCUAUUUCAUCGAACUGAAAAUCAAUUUUUCCUUUCUAUUCUUUUAAUUGUAAAGAGCUAUUUGGCAUCGUAUUAUAUAUUAUAAGUAUAUUAAACUCAUUGUCAUAUAUUUGUUUGACAAAAUCUUAAA